UUAAAUUUUGCCUCUAAUACGGAUCAAGUACAGUGCGCAUGCGCAGCUGGUCACCGUCAGUACCAUAGCAACAGCAGCGGACAUCAGACGCGAACAUGGCAAAAGCAAUGACUGUGAAAGACGCGCUGGCCAAAUGGGAGGAGAAGUCAGGCGAGAAACGGAGCGAGGCAAAAGCCAUCAAGCUGUAUGGUCAGAUUCCUCCUAUAGAGAAGAUGGACGCAUCGCUCUCCACGCUGAAAAACUGCGAGAAACUGUCUCUGUCCACAAACUGCAUCGAGAAGAUAACGAACCUCAACGGCCUGAAGAACCUGAAGAUUUUGUCUUUAGGAAGGAACAACAUCAAGUCGCUCGCAGGGCUGGAGGCUGUAGGUGACACACUGGAGGAGUUGUGGAUCUCUUAUAACCAGAUAGAGAAGCUGAAGGGAAUCCAGUGCCUGAAGAACCUGAAAGUCCUCUACAUGUCGAACAACCUGGUCAAAGACUGGGGAGAGUUUGUGAGGCUGGCGGAGCUGCCGUGCCUCGUUGACCUCGUGUUUGUCGGAAAUCCUCUGGAGGAGAAACACUCGGCCGAGGGGACGUGGAUGGACGAGGCCACGAAGAGACUCCCUAAUCUGAAGAAACUCGACGGAACUCCAGUCAUCAAGCAGGAAGUGGAUGAAGGAGAAGGAGAGAGCUGAGAGGCGUGAGCCCUCUGUUUCCUCAGUCUUCCUCCUUUUUUUGAGUUUUCUGUGGUUUGUUAUGGUGCUUUCCUUUAUAUGAACCAUUUUUUAUGACAGCACAGACUUUGUUGUAGAUCAAUAAGCACAAAAAAUCAAGAAUGUUUGUUUUAGAGUUUUUUAAAGCUAAUUUCCUAAAAGCUGAUUACAGCCUUUUACUGACCGACUGGGAAGGAUUUUAAAGCUAAUUGUUGUUAACUGUGAUGGUACAAGAGCAUCAAAUUAUCUGUGUUCUCAGACUGUUAGCAUCACACCAGGUGUUUCUGGCUGUAAAUACUGAACUCUGUGUUCCCUCCGUGACAUUUACAACACGUUCACAUCACACUGGACUAAAACCAGCUUUAUAAAGUAGACACUACAUCAGACGAGGAAAACUACUGCUCAGCAGUGGUGUCAGCAGCUGUUUGAGUAAUAAUAGAAGAAGACUAAACACUGGAAGAGUCACUAAUGGUUAAAUAGUUAACGCCACUCUUUAACGAGUGCUGCUGGACUCCAGCCUUUCGAGGCUGAAAACUGGAGCUGUAGUUCCUCUAAUGUCCACCAGAGGCUGUCUCCAAACGUGCCGCCUGCCUUUCAUUGGUUACUGUAUGUGACCUGUAAAUGACCCCUUUAGUGCCUGAGCUUAACCACUUCUGAAACUGCCACCCCUACAACCCACUAACGUGGACGUCGUAGUUCUAAAAACAACUCACAGGGUUGAUCAUGUAUCAGAGGAUGUCGAUGUGGGAGUGUGAGGCUGGGCCAGGUGAGGCUCCGCCCACUGACUCUGGAGUGAGCAACCUCUCAAAUGUGUCAAUCACAAUCCAGCCAAUAGUGGCGUCCUGCUGUGCACUGAUAUCAGCUGACCUCUCAGAAGGUGAGCUGAUAGGAAACAAAGGGAAUAUCUUUGUUUACGCUCUGCUGCUGCCUCAGAUCAGCCUCCUCUGCUCGGUGUGUGUCCACCGCAGAGGCUGCAAAGCUUCACCAGUCAAAUCUGAAGAAGAAGAAGAAGGUGUUUCCUGCUCGUUUAUCCACCACUGUCUCUGUAACCUCAUGUGUUUUAAGUUAUUUAAUUUUUGUACAUUAUUAUGGUCCUUGGAAUGAUUUAAUAAAUAUUGUUGAUGUAA